AUGUCGGAUCAAGAAACUGAGGAGCCUGUAGUCUUCCGGAAGAUCAAUCGAAAACGACCAGUAAAUGCCAGGAAACCGACACAGGUCGAAAAACCGGCUCCGAAGGAAGCGGACGAAGAAAAUUCAGAUGAAGAAUCGAGUGAGGAAGCCACCUCAGGAAGUAAUGAUGAAGCUGGACCCAUCAAAGUGAAACGAGGACUGUUUUCCGAUCGAAAUAAACGACUUAGGAAGAAUCCCCUUAUGCAGAAGGUAAGUGCAAUAUAGUUUUUAUUUUUUUUUCUGUUUUUAGUCGAAGAAACGGGCAAAUCCUCAAGGAAAUGAAGAGAGCGGAUCAGAAAGCAGUUCAGCAGACUCUUCUAGCUCAAACGAGGAAAGACAGAAGGCUCUGGACAUCGAUGAUCAGAUCAAAUCUUCGCGGACGGCGCAGAGUGAUGUUCCAAGGGAUAUGGGAGCCACAAAAGUGAGUGAAGUGGAUACCGAAAGGGACAAGGAUUAUCAAGCGCAAUUUGAACGUGUCCAGAAGGAGCUUGAGGAGAAGGGAGCACAACCAGGAACGAGUGGAGAAAAGGUAGGGGAUUUUUUUGAAUUCUUCUUGUUUUAGGUACAUUUUAUGAGGAUUUCUGUCUGUUUUAACCAAGAAAAUAGUGUUUGCAAGCUAUUGAAAGUUUGGAUUGCUCCAAAUAUAUAUUUUUGGGCUUUCAAAUUUCUCUAUCUCAUACCUACUUUUAUCAUGAUGAAAAUAUUUUCCAGAUAUACCGCGGAUUGAAGAUGUAUGGCGCGAAGGCGGCUAAGGACACAGUGAAGGGAAAGGCGAGCUCCGGUCUGAAUCAUUAUGGCCCAAUUAGGAAUCAGCAGUUUAUGAGGGCAUCUGUCAGAUGGGACUUUGCUCCAGAUAUCUGCAAAGACUACAAGGAAACUGGAUUUUGCACAUUUGGAGGUGAGUCUUGUCUAUUUUAUGAUGUUUUUUGUCUUUUGCUUUUAGAAUCUAUCGCAUUUUUUGCAUAAAUUAUAUUACUUUAGACUCCUGCAAAUUUCUCCACGACCGCUCCGACUACAAACACGGCUGGGAAAUCGAAGCAGAAUGGCAGAAACAGCAGGCAGAGAAGAACAAACAAGAAGAAGACUACACCAUUGACAGUGAUGAAGACUAG